GGAGCCGGGAAACGAGCGGCCGGGAGACGGGAAACGGGAAACGGGAAACGGGGAGCCGGGAGCUGGGCUAUCCCCGGACCUGAGGCAGGAUCCCGGCGAGCAGCGUGGCGUGCGGCGCCCCGGCUGAGCCCGCGUCGGUUUCCCUCGUGAGGCAGGCGGCGGCUGGGCGCUGCCGAGCAUGCUGUACCUGGUGGGGCUGGGCCUGGGGGAUGCCAAGGACAUCACGGUGAAGGGGCUGGAGGCCGUGCGGCGCUGCCGCAGGGUGUACCUGGAGGCCUACACGUCCGUGCUCACCGUGGGCAAGGAAGCGCUGGAAGAGUUUUAUGGAAAAGAAUUGAUUUUGGCUGACCGAGAAAUGGUGGAACAAGAAGCAGAUAGCCUUUUAAAAGAAGCUGAUGUUUGUGAUGUCGCAUUUCUUGUGGUUGGUGAUCCUUUUGGGGCCACAACACACAGUGAUUUAGUGCUACGUGCAGUAAAACUGGGGAUUCCUUACAAGGUCAUUCAUAAUGCUUCAAUAAUGAAUGCAGUGGGCUGCUGUGGUUUACAGUUGUACAAUUUUGGAGAAACGGUUUCCAUAGUAUUCUGGACAGAUACAUGGAAGCCAGAGAGCUUCUUUGACAAGAUUGAGAAGAACAGGCAGAAUGGAAUGCACACCCUGUGCUUACUUGAUAUUAAAGUGAAGGAGCAGUCUCUGGAGAACCUCAUGAAAGGAAGAAAGAUUUACGAGCCACCGCGUUACAUGAGUGUGAAUCAAGCUGCAGAACAGCUUCUUGCCAUUAUUCAAAACAGAAGGCUGCAAGGAGAAAAACCAGAAAUUACCGAAAACACAAUUUGUGUUGGCCUUGCUCGUGUUGGUGCUCCAGAUGAAAAGAUUGCUUCAGGCACUCUACAGCAGAUGUCCACUGUGGAAUUGGGUGCUCCACUACAUUCCUUAAUUGUUACAGGCACUAUGCAUCCUCUGGAAUUGGAAAUGCUUAAACUGUUCUCUGUAGAUAGUUCCACUUUUGAAAAUAAUGCAUGUCAAAGGACUACUUAAAUAAAAAUGAGGCAUUUACAUUUUUA